AUGCCACGUGGGAACCGGCAAGUGCAGCCUCUCGACACCAGCACCAACACAGGAAACCGCCACACUCUCCAACCCCCUCAAAAAUGCAACAAUCGGAGGCAGGCCCCAGAGCACAGGCCUGCAGUGACCAAACAGAAGGCAGCCACACCCCGGGGGAGAAGCCGGGUGGGGCCCGCGGGAUCAGCGCAGCCCUCGCAGUCCAAGUUCUCCUCCCCGGGUUCGUGCCCUCGAGGCCCUGCUCCAGGCCAGGGGAUACCAGAGCCCGCCAGCCCCGUGGACCCACGCAAGGGCAAGGGCGCGGCCUUGGGGCGGCGCGACAGUCGCCCACAGCCCUCCGCUGGGAAGCCGGCUCGCCCCACCAUGGCCCGGGGCGGCAGUCAGAACUGGAGCUCAGGAGAGUCGGACAGCCAGCCGGAGGAGAAGACGCGGGAUAACGGCGGAGACAAGAUGGUGAAGGAGACCCAGUACUAUGACAUCCUGGGGGUGAAGCCCAGCGCGUCCCCGGAGGAGAUCAAGAAGGCCUAUCGGAAGCUGGCACUCAAGUACCACCCGGACAAGAACCCGGAUGAGGGCGAGAAGUUUAAACUUAUAUCCCAGGCAUAUGAAGUACUUUCAGAUCCAAAGAAAAGAGACAUCUAUGACCAAGGUGGAGAACAGGCAAUUAAAGAAGGAGGCUCGGGUAGCCCCAGCUUCUCCUCACCCAUGGACAUCUUUGACAUGUUCUUUGGUGGUGGAGGACGGAUGGCUAGAGAGAGAAGAGGCAAGAAUGUGGUACAUCAGUUAUCUGUAACUCUGGAAGACUUAUAUAAUGGAGUCACAAAGAAAUUGGCCCUCCAGAAAAAUGUAAUUUGUGAGAAAUGUGAAGGCAUUGGCGGGAAGAAGGGAUCAGUGGAGAAGUGCCCUUUGUGCAAGGGGCGGGGGAUGCAGAUCCACAUCCAGCAAAUCGGGCCUGGCAUGGUGCAGCAGAUCCAGACGGUGUGCAUUGAGUGCAAGGGCCAGGGUGAGCGCAUCAACCCCAAGGACCGCUGUGAAAGUUGUAGUGGUGCCAAAGUGAUCCGUGAGAAGAAGAUUAUCGAGGUGCACGUGGAGAAAGGUAUGAAGGAUGGGCAAAAGAUACUAUUUCAUGGAGAAGGAGAUCAGGAGCCUGAGCUGGAGCCUGGUGAUGUCAUAAUUGUGCUUGAUCAGAAGGAUCAUAGUGUCUUUCAGAGACGAGGCCAUGAUUUGAUCAUGAAAAUGAAAAUUCAGCUUUCUGAAGCUCUUUGUGGCUUCAAGAAGACAAUAAAAACACUGGAUGAGCGAGUCCUUGUUAUUACAUCCAAAUCAGGUGAGGUGAUAAAGCAUGGGGACCUGAAAUGUGUGCGCAAUGAAGGAUUGCCCAUCUACAAAGCCCCCAUGGAGAAGGGGAUGCUGAUCAUACAGUUUUUAGUAGUCUUCCCUGAAAAUCACUGGCUGUCUCAGGAGAAGCUUCCUCAGCUCGAGGCUUUGCUCCCUCCUCGGCAGAAGGUGAGGAUCACAGAUGACAUGGAUCAGGUGGAGCUGAAGGAUUUCAAUCCCAACGAACAGAACUGGCGCCAGCACAGGGAGGCCUAUGAGGAAGAUGACGACGGGCCCCGUACCGGUGUGCAGUGCCAGACAGCAUGAGGGCAUGUGCAGCAUGACCUGGUUGGACUACUACAUGAUGAAUGUAAACUUGGCAGAAUGAAAAUGGUAUCACUUUAAUAGGCUCAUGUUUGGGUGUCCUGUGUAUGUGUUCAGCAGUGUCCACUGCUGAGUGUCUUCUGGGUUUUCUUGUUUCUCUUCUGGUUGUAAUUUAAGUUAUAGCUUGAUUUAUAUGUAAAUGUUUUAACUUCAAUCACCUCUAGUCUGCAUAUGGAAUCUGUUCAUUUGUACAUCCAGGACAUACUUUGGAGAUGCCAGUACCACACUGACACUUCGUGUUUCUAGUGGCUUUGCCAUCGUUCACUUCCACAGGAAAGCCAGGCCAGGAGAGUGACACCUAGCCCCUAACAAACAUGAAGACAGAAGGUCAGUGUGCUGGCCCAUCUCUAGUCUGUAGUUUCUCCCCCUCCCUCCCCUGGCAGAGUCACUGAGGGCAUGGGCUCAGGCUGCUAAUGACAUUUAUGAAUCUAGAUUCUAGAAGAACUUCUUAAAUAAUAAAAGCACACAUGUGGACCAGAUUUGGCCCAACAUGCCUGGUUCACAUUGAGUGGACUGCAUUCUUCAAGAAGCCUGGCUCCUACUGUUCUGUCCCUUUGGUUGGAAAGGGGUUCAUCUGACUAUCUAUCUCUCUCAGAAGUUUUCUGAAGUUUCCAAGCCCUGUGGUGAAGACAAACCAGUGUUUUAAAUGAUAAGCUGAUAAAGCCAUUUGUUUGUAACCCCACAUCUUGUUCUUUGUGGUUUUAAUGAUUAUCUGUUGACAACUUUUGCAGUGCUCUCCCACCAAAGUGCUAACCCUAAAGGCGGCUAAACACUUCCAUGGCCCUGGCAGCCUCAGUGCAGCAGCAGCAGCACCCAAGGGAGAGUGUUGGUGGUCUGGGCCUUGGCGCAGCUAGCUCAGCAUCUCUGGAUGACUUGAAGGUCUGAGUGGCAUAGAACCCCUCAAUAUUUUCCACCUCAUUCUCCCAGAUUCAGCUCCUUCCCAAAGGCCUGUUCCUCUCACUGCAUAGCCAUACUGCAAAGGGCUUCCUGCUCAGGUGAUGUUUGUUGAGAACUGAACUAACCAAGUGCUACUAGCAUGGACUCUCACUUACAAUGAUACCCCUGAAUGGAUAUUAGUUAUUACUUUAUUCCUGGAAGGUAGGCUAGGCUGCACUUUGAGCUAAGGUUACCUCAACUUUAGCCAUUACUUCUCAUUUCUUUUCCACAAACGAAGUUUAAAAAUCCUUGCCUUUUAAGCUGCUGGGUUAACCUGUCAGAUCUACCCUUAUUUGAUUUUUUUAUGGUAUCUGAGAGUUUGACUCGGACCAGGAACCCCCAUAAGAGGGUCAAAGGGUCUGCAUAAGAGCAGAUCAAACCCAAGGCUGAUGGGGCAAGCCCGCUGGCUGGACCAGGCGCCCCAAGAAUAUUGUAGAACAUAAUUUGCUCAAAGUACAGAAAGAGUCCACCUAUGUCCACUUUGACCAUUGGCCAGGAUAGACCUAACACUGAUUCUUCCAGCUAUGCCUAUGUGAAACCAAUUUAUAAAUGGACCACAACUCCAGGGUGUUGUUUCUGUGCUGUGACUUACUAAUAAAUUACUGCUAGAGAACCACUGGUGAUGGAACGAAACUAUAUACAGCUCCUCUGUUAUGUAAGUGAAAUCUGGAGGGUGUUGCUUAAAAUUUUUCCCACUUGUACAUUUGUCACUUGAUUAAAACUGAGCCGGUAUGAGGA